UUCUUUUCUUUUUAAGCACUCUUCUGUUUUACCUCAUCAGUCGUUAUCUCAUCCGAAUAAGAAAACGGCAGGAAGAGGAUUUGGCAUUGCUAGAAGAAACUAUUGGGUUGGGCAAAACAAACAAGGAAGCUGAGAAAAGGAAGAGAGAUGAAGAGGAAAUGAAGAAGAGGAAGAGGGAGGAAGAGAAGAAGAAGAGGGAGGAGGAAAUGAUGGGAAGGAUGAAGAGAGUGAAGAAAUGCCCCUCUUCCCUUUCGAAAGAGGAUUCGUCUACUCUUGAAGAUAAGUCAGAAAAUACAGCUAUUGAGGUGAAGGAAGAUGGGAAAAAGAAGAAGGAAGAGAUGGGAGGAGGAAGAAAAUAUCUUGAUGAAAUACAGCAAAAAGUGAAAGAAUCUUUGGAGAAGAGCUUGAAAAUCGACGACCGGGUUCGAAUGAAAACGGUGAAGGAAGAAACUAGUCAAACGGUAGGCUUUUUUAAAUUGGGAAAAUUGAAAAAGUUCAAAAUGUCGAAAAUUCAAAAAAAUUUCAAAAUGGUAAACCCCCAGAAUUCAAAACGCCAAGCCCCCAAAAACUUUCAAAACGCCAAAAACCCAUAAA